UAUUUUUAUUUUUUUUUAGUUUUGUAAGACGACUUAUUAUAGCUUCACCAAAGAUAGUGCUUUUUUACUAUUCUUUUUGUUUCUCCUCCACUUGGAUAAAGUACGAGGAUUUUUUUUUUGGUGAAACAUAAGUAGGAAUCGAAGAAAUGGGUGAGGUAGUUGUGAGUAGUGAAGGUGAUUUGGAGGUUAUAGGAGGGGGAGAUAUGGUUAUUGAAACAGAGGCUGGUGGAGAUAUGAAGGAAACAGGGGCUGGAGCUGCUGUUGCAGCAGCAUCUUCUUCAGUCUUGAAAUGGGAAAGAUUUUUGCCUAAAAUGGUUUUUAGAGUUUUGUUGGUGGAAUCAGAUGAUUCUACAAGACAGAUUGUUGCUGCUCUUCUUAGGAAAUGCAGUUACAGAGUCGCUGCAGUUUCUGAUGGUCUAAAGGCAUGGGAGUUGUUGAAAGGCAGACCUCACAAUGUUGACCUCAUCUUGACAGAAGUUGACCUGCCAUCAAUUUCUGGAUAUGCUUUUCUUUCCUUGAUUAUGGAACACGAUAUUUGCAAGAACAUUCCUGUAAUAAUGAUGUCCUCAAACGACUCUGUUAGUACGGUUUAUAGAUGCAUGCUGAGAGGUGCAGCAGACUUUCUUGUCAAGCCAGUUAGGAAGAAUGAAUUAAAGAACCUGUGGCAGCAUGUCUGGAGGAGACGAGCUGCAAGUGGUUCCCAGGGGCCUGUUGCUGAAAGUGUUGCACAACAAAAAGUUGAGGUCACAGCUGAAAACAAUGCUUGCAGCAACCAUUCAAGCGGUUAUAAGGCUUGUGUUCAGAGAAACCGGGAAUGCAUUGAGAAAGGAAGUGAUGCUCAGAGCUCCUGCACAAAGCCAGAGUUGGAGAAUGAAGAAGAGAAUGCAGAAAACUUACCGGAAUCUGUUCAACCAAAUAGGGAUGCAUCUCCUCCAAAUGCUGCAGAUUUGGUGAAGGAACUACUUCAUGAAGCAAACAAUAGAUUGAGAAUUUCCGAGAAUGAUGCUAGAGCUCCCAUAACAAAUGCAAAUGCAAUGACCAGGGGAGAAGAUAUAAAUUCUGAUGAUAACUGGGGUCAUGGGCGUACAAUUGGUCAAACUUCUGAUGAACAUCCUGGUCCUCCAACUAAACAAGCAAUUGACUUGAUUGGAGCAUUUGAUAAUUACCUCAAAUGUAAUUCCAAAAGUUCUGGUUCCGACACUAGGAUUAACAAGGGUGAUUCUUCUCCGUUACUGGAUCUUUCAUUGACAAGGUCCCAUCCAAGUGGUUCGGUAAAUCAGUUUACAAAUGAGAAGCGCAGAUUGAACCAUUCUGAUGCUUCAGCCUUCACGCGGUAUGUGAACAGGGCAAUGCAGUCUGGACAGUCAACGUCGUCUAGGACUUAUAAUCUACAGGAAUAUGAAACUGAUUCUGAUAAGCAGUUUUGUGGCCAUGCAAUUGAUUACAACUCGGACACGCGUGGUCCGAUUACUAGACCUCAAAGUGUUGCCCUUCCUAACUACGGUGAACCAGGACCAGCUGAAAUUGGACUUCCUUCUCCACAGCAGAGAGUGACGCCACUCCCUAUACCAGUGAGAGGCAUCAGAUUUGAGGGACCAAGCAGUGCUUACAGCUCCAUGAUUGCUCCAAUUCUUCGCAUGCCAUCUGGCAUUUCGCCAUUGCAGAGUCCAGGUUCGGCUACCCCUCAGGAAUCUUCCUAUCAGGCGAAUCCAUUCCUUGCGUUAAAUUGUGAAAGUAGGAGCUCUCAGAAAUUGCACUCACAGAGUGAUCAAAACAACAGUGAUUCGACAGCUUACAAUGAGGGUAAGAGAGGGCACAUAUCUGAACCUACAACUGAUUGUGAACGUUUUCCCUCUGCAACUGAUCAAACUAUAAAUAGCAUUUGCUGCAAUGGUGAUCUAAACCAUGUUCAUCUGAGUUAUGGAAGCAGUGGAAACAUCUCACUUCCACUAGGCGGAACACCGGCAGAGUAUAGGAAAGAAGAAAGCCUUCACACUCCUGAUGGGAACUCUCAUCGAUCUCAAAGAGAAGCAGCUCUUACAAAAUUUCGCAUGAAGCGGAAAGAGAGAUGCUUUGAAAAGAAGGUACGAUACGAAAGCAGGAAAAAACUCGCUGAACAGCGUCCCAGAGUUAAAGGACAGUUUGUUCGUCAUGUUCCUAGUGAGUCUUCGCCAGGUAACUCAUAGGCAGAUUCGCAAUAUAGGAUCACGAAUUCAUCCAACGAAAGGAGGAAGCAGAAAAAAUAUAAGUGGUGUCAAACGACUUGUGAUUCUGUCCUUCCAAAGGUCGAGGAACGAACAAGAGGAUGACCAAGUGUUUAUGAUGCUAAGGUCACUCACUUACAAUCUAGUGAGGAAUUCUCUACAUUUUUGUGAAGGAGGGCAGCCCUGCCUUUUGUUUGCGAUGUCAAAUACGUAUGGGACAUCUCUCAGUUAACAUAUAGGUUAGAAACGUCCAAAUACGAAUUUUUAUAUUCAUGACUAGGAUCAAUUCACCUCUCUUGUUAUAGUUGGUGAGAUGAUCAAAUCCUUUUUCCGGUUUGUAAAUUAUUGGAGUCUUUUUGUUGUACUUAUCUCGAUCAUACCACGACUAGUUCUAGGCCUAUGUACAGACUUUUAACAGAGAUUUUCUGGUUUUUAUUUUCGUUUCUGUUUAUAGAAGACAUUUGUUGUUGCA